AUGCCUCGAACAUCCAGCAAAAUUGCGUGGGACUAUGAUAAGCGCCUCAUCCUGCAUUUGUUAUGUGACGAAUUUGAGCUUCCCUGGAGCCAAGCUAGUGAUGUGUUCCUCUCCAUCUAUGAAGACAUUGUUGCUGCAGACGUCGGCGGUGCUCUAAGGUCCCAGUAUUCCGAGCGAAGAUCGAAGCAAUACUGGAAAGAUUUUUACAACCUGGUCUCUACCCCUGGCGAAAACGAACGCACCGAUGCUUCUAGGAGAUUGAUUAGCGAACGGAUUGCAACCCUUGGUAUCGUGAUCCCGCCUGGGACCGACCUGGCGACAAGGAGCCGGACUCAGAGCGUAAGCCAUGCUGUACCUUUAAGUAGACAGCCAGCAAUAGCUAUGCCGACUACACCCGAGCCUCCAAUACAUCGUAGCGCUGGGAAUUCAUCCCAGAAGAGACGCAGAUUAGAAGAUGAAUCCAGCGACGAUGAAAUUCGAGUGGGUCCAUUGGAAGAGCAUGUACACCAGCAGGAUUUUCAAUCUCGGAUCCAUCCGCGAUCAACGGUACGCCCUGUUCUGGAGACACCACCUCAGACCCCGCAAGGCAAACAGGCGUAUCGGCAGAUGAGCGGUAAAGUUAUCUUCAUCUCGCCAAAUAAGGAUCCCUAUGCCGAUCUCGAACCUGUAUCUGACGAAGAGGCCCACCCGCCGCACUGCCGGAAUAACUUGUUCUUCCGAUAUGAUAAGGCAGGCAGCCACGAUGUGUUCGAGGGAUUCACCGCAAGAAGGUACAGGGGACGUGUCCAAGUCCAUCAGGAGCCUCCUGCAACGCUUGACUGGACCGAUGUAUUCUAUCAUGUGGAUCCCGAGGGAAAGAACCAGCGCUACGAUUCGCCCGUUGUCUCAGUAACGGAUCAACAGUGGUGGGUCAUUCGUUUGGCUCUUAAGGAGCUGAAUCGUGGCCGUCCUGGCCGCAUUACGGUCAUCGAUGGAAGUGCUCUGGAUCCAAAAGCGGUUUUUCAUGCGCUUCCAUUCAUACGUCAGCUCAAGAAGAGGCACGAGUUCACUGACGGCGCUUGGAACUAUGGCGGCACGCACGAGUUCUUCUGCUUCAAGUCGAUUCCUGCUCAUGCCAUUCUGAGUUCUUUCUGCGUCAGUGAGCUUUCUAACUUCGUGAAUGGCUCACCACAGAUGUCGAGUGUUCUUAGGCUGGCCACGCUUUCUGAUCCCAAGCGUGCCUAUUUUAAAGGUGUGCUUCCAGCAUUAARGAGGGACAACGUGCAGCUUUCUCCCAAUGUUAUUACGGAAAUCGCGAGACUGAUCCAAUUCAUGGGACUGGACGCCUUUUCCAAGAGGGAGCAUCUCGCUCACAUCUGGACCAACUUCAUUCAAGGCUGGGGCCUGCAUUUGUCCUACCAAACCCCUGAUCAAUGGGUCAAACUAGCAGCAGGAUUCGCACGCGCCUUGGGUGAUGUCGGUGGACAUGUUCUGCCCUCGAGAGAUUCCAAACCUCUAGAAUUGGCUUUCCUUGAAGGCGUGAAUUGGGCGUCAAGCGUCAGUUUCAGCACUCGAUAUGCUCAGGAUUCUGCAUUACUGAUCCGACGGAAGGACCGUCAGGCGAGGUUCAUAGGACUGGAGGACCCUGCUGGACUGCUCGAGAUUCCAAACCCUAACACUGCUAUAAGGACCCUGCAAGCAUAUCGACACCAGCCUGGGAAUGGCGAAGGAAGUCGCYGACCCACCCGUAAUACUAGACCGGUGUUUCAUUCGUACCGCCUUGAAUCGGCUGGAGGAAGGGCUAAUCGUGAACACCACGAUGAAGCAAGAAGACGCGCUAUAGCCACUGGUAGAACAUUGCAAGAUGCAAUCGAUCUGGAUCAAGAGACUGACUUGUCGGAUGACGAAGAAGAGAUACUGUACGACGAUUGA